CGACAAUUUGCGUCAGCUGAGUGGCACUGGGACGUAUAAGGGACCCCCACCAUAAGAGCAAAUACGCGGUCUCGGUGGCGUGCUUUUCGCAUCGCGGAACGACCCAGCACCGCAGGAUUAGUGCCGCUCACAAGCUUAUUCGGACAAUCAGCUGACCUUCAAUUAUAUCCUGCGCCAGUAUAAUUAAAAUGGUUAAUCUCGAAUCUUUUAAAGUUAUCAUAGCUGGUGGAGGUAUUGCCGGCUUGACCUUGGCUAAUGCUUUGGAGAAGGCUGGUGUUGACUUUCUCCUGCUAGAAAAAAGAGAAAUUGCUCCUCAAACUGGGGCCUCCAUCAUUAUACAAUGCCACACUGCGAGGGUACUGGAGCAGCUGGGCAUUUGGAACGAAAUAUGGGCAGCAACGUUUUCGCUCACGGGUCGUCUUCAUUUCGAUGAACGCGGAAUUCUAUUUGACAGUUCAUCCAUUUUCAAGCAAGUAGAGGAAGCGACUGGACGGUCAAUCGUACUUAUAGAACGUCGCUCUUGUCUUAAUACCCUAUAUAACGGUCUUAAGGACAAGUCCCGAAUUCUCGUGAACAUCGGCGUAGCGUCUUUUUGGGAAGACGAGCGCGGCAUAACAGUCAUAACCGACCGCGGGGAUAGCAUCAGGGGUAGCAUUCUCGUAGCGGCCGAUGGUGUUCAUAGCACAAUCCGCGAUCUCUUAGCUGGCGCAGUAUCCAGGACCGACCCUGAGAGAUCCCAGUAUCUUACUAAAGGGUUCACUUCUAGCUAUAGGGCAGUCUUCGGUACGUCGGCAAAUGGGCCAAGGGACGGUCUUACGAGACCGCUACUACCGGAAGGAAUAGUUCACCAUGUUUAUUACAGGAAUAUUUCAGGAAUCACAGCAGCAGGAGCAAAAGGACUCAUUUUUUGGUUCCUAUUCAUAAAGGAAGAAAAGCCCUCAACAACGCCCGACUGUCCGCAGUACGCAGAGACUGAUACUAGAGCAACUAUCGAGAAGUACGGAAAUCUAUUUGCGUGUUCGGGGUACACAUUCAGCGACCUGUGGGAGGCUAGAUCUCACGCGGGCAUGGUUUCCAUGGAAGAAGGAGUUGUUCAAGGGCCUUGGAAUAAUGGCGGUCGGGUUGUACUUGUUGGAGACUCUAUAUGCAAGACAACAAUUAAUUCCGGCUUUGGAGGUAACCUCGCUAUUGAAGGGGUCUGCAAUCUUGUUAAUGGGCUAGUGUCAUUGCUGCGAAGAAAUCAAGCGCCCACAACCCAAGAUAUCGUAGCGACCUUUAAUAGAUACGAGCAAGUACAACGUCCGAGGGCCGACAUUUCUGUAAAGAUAUCACACUCCACCACGCGUUAUGAGUCAAUGGAUUCACUUUGGUUACGAUUCUUGCGAUGGCUUUCUCCUUGGAUCCCUUUAAGUUACCAGGUUAAGAGCUUUCUAAGUUAUAUGAAUCCAGCGCCUAUUUUGGAAUUUCUAUCAGAUUCCGGCUCGAUCAGACCUUAACUCUGGAUAAUUCAUAUAAGAGUUAAGUGUAGGGGUUUCAUAUAUAGGUACAGUAACUCGAAAAAAUAAACGUUAAAAGUUUU